CACACACAAAUGCUUACUCUUUAAAAGCACAAGGCAGAAUACACGGAACAUGUUUCUCUUCUUUUAAACUCACACUGUGGCCAGACCUGCAGCUUCAGGUGAAAACACCCGACGGAAGAAGAGCUGGAGGAUGAGUCAUCGAUCUCGAGCCUCCAGGGUGCGACAGCAUGUCCACUGUGAUUCCUGCUACAGCCGGCGCUGCAGGGCUCGGGUGGAGAUUUCUGUGUGUUGUGUGCUCACCUCCUGCCGUCUGCUCUGUGGAGCUAUAUUCCACCUCUGCAAAGAGGAGGAUCACCUGCUGCUCUGCCCUAAUGUAAGGGUGCCCUGCCUCAAUGCUGAGUAUGGCUGCCCGAUCCAGCUGCCCCGCUCCUCGCAAGCAGCUCAUCUCCAGGUGUGUCCAGCCAGCGUGGUGUGUUGCUCCAUGGAGUGGAACCGCUGGCCAGCCAAUGAUGCCCAUUCUCAUCCAAACACGGAGCUUCAUGAAAACCUGAUCAGAGAACGAGAGCAGGGAGGAUGUCUGGACCUGGCCAUAGCCCUGAAAGACCAGGACCAUUUGUUUCACUCCAUGAAGAUGAACAAGUUGUUUCCAGAGUUGAUCCAAAGUGUGGAGGAAGAGGAAAGAGAGGAAAAAAGGAAGGCGGAGGAGAGGAGAAAGGAAAAGGAGAAAAGGAAAAGGGAGAAGGAGAAAGAGGCAGCAGAGAAAGCAGCUGCAAAAGCUGCCAGAGACAACACCUGGGAGUCUUUUAACAUGUUUAAUGUCAGUUUUCCUGUUGAAAAAGAGCCUGAAGAUGAAGAUGAAGCUGAUAUUGAAUAUCAGCCAGUGUUAACCCAGGAGGAGAGAGAGGCUCUUGCCAGGGCAACAGAUGUGGAUGCUAAUCUGCUGGUAAACUACAAUGCCUGGGAGCGUAUGUUCAGUAUGGAGAUGGGUGGAUGUAGGGAAGCUGAAGGGUCAACUGCAGCAGGCAAAGAACGAGCUCAAAGGAGAGGGAAAGGCCUGGAUACUCUGCCAGAGGAAGAUACAGAUCCCUGUGCAGGUGCAGCAGCAAGUGGCAGCUGCACACUGGCAAGUGAUGCUUGCACAGCUGCCCUUACAUCUCCCUCCUCCUGCCCCGUUAAGAAACCUAAAAAGACCUUUGUGUAUGGACACGUGGAACCUAUGAAGAUCAUCACUGUACGCACCUUUAAAAUCCCAACCAGCUUUGCUGCUAGGCAGGGCCGCAUCCGCAAUCCUGGUUUCUACAGGAGAGAGAGUGAAGCAGUGGAUACCAGUGACCUCGGGGUGGCGCUAGAGGACAUGCCAGUGUGGGAAGAAGUUCAGGCUUCCCUGCUGUGCUCCCUGGAGAGGGAGCAGAGGGGUCAUCUCAUUGCUGAGAGCAUAUCUGCCGACAGUCUGCUGACAGAUGAAGGCACACAGACCUACAGCUUCCUGUCCGCUCCUUUCCAAAGAAACAUGUCGCUGGCUGAUCUGACAGCUGGAAAACCACUGGAGCUGCACCUUCAGCUGCAGGCUGAGAGUGUAACCAGCCGACACCACAAGGCCAACUCUGCCUUCACUUUCCUCUGCGGACACACCUUCCAGCGAAGAGAAUAUGGCAAACAUUAUAAGAACAUCCACAGUGACAUCCAGAUGAGUGUGAACGGCUGGUUUGAGCAGAGAUGUCCGCUGUCGUAUUUGGGCUGCACCUACAGCCAGAAGAGGUUUCAGCCUGCCACACAUGAAGCCACCAUCAACUACAAUGAGGAGCUGGGCUGCUUUAGCCUACAUCCCACAAUGCCUUCCAGUCUGGAUAACACCUGUCACAGCUUGGCAGUUUCCUCCAAUGCUCAGAGAAGAGGUGGUCAGAACGGAGGAAGGGAGGACUCCCUGAGCUCGUUGCCCUAUGAGGUGCUGUGCCAUAUGGCCAGCUUCCUGGACAGUCUGUCCUUGUCCCAACUGGCUCUGGUGUCCCAGCUCAUGAGGCAGGUGUGCUCCUCUUUGCUGCAGGAGAAAGGGAUGGUCACUCUCCGCUGGGAGAAAGAAACCUCUUCACAAGGAGGUGCCAAGUGGAGGGUAAAGGAGAAGGUCUGGCAGUUCAGCACUUUGUUCUCUCCAGUGGACACUUGGUGUUUCAGAGAUAUUCCAUCGAUGUCGGAGCAUCUGAAGGUGUGUCCCUACAACAAGAUAGAGUCUAAGACAGAGAAGAUUCGCCUGCCACGCAUCAAAGAGGAAAUCCAUGCCAACACAAGCUGUAAAGGUCCCACACUAGCCACUUUGUUCCAGCAGAAGAGAAUCAUGAUGUAGCUCUGUUAUUAUAAAUCACUUCGCUGUGGACCUUUUCUACAUGUUGUCUUCUUUUUUCACAUCUUUCCAUAUUCCCUAAGAAAAAAUUAAGCUAAAUUCUACAGAACUGGGUUUUGACAUUAAUGCUGUGAUGAUGGUGGUAUACUAUGAUUGCACCUGACUGUGUAGUGUUUAAAUCUAUGUUUAUUGGUAAAGAAUGACACAGGAGCACCGAAAUGUAAAUGUGUGCUUGUUAACUGAAUUUACUAUCAUGGUUCACUUUCAUGUAUAUGUGAAGAUGAACAAAUAAACUGGGAUCAAACUAUAAAUCUAAAAAAAAUAUUUGAGGAGAAGCUGUUCAUGUUAAUUAUUAUAAAUCAGAAAUCAGUUUCCUGCAUGAAGAAUAAUAUUAAUUAAUCAAAUUAUCUUUAAAAGCUUUAUCUUUCCAUCUCAUUCUUCAGCAUAUAAAAGCAAUGAAAUUAUGUUUCCUUGCUGGUUUAGAGUGAAAUGACACAAGCAAGAAAACUGAAUAAAAACUUUAUUUAUUGUGCUGUUAAAAAUGUUAACAAUGGGAAAAUAAAAAAACAUUCUAUGUCACCCUUGAUGAUCUCUACCUCCGAAGCUCCUGGCGUGAGGAAACCAGGUUACUCAUUCAUUACUCAUAUAAAUGAAGUCAACUUCAGAAAUAAGCUAUUAGAGAACAAUCAGCUCAGAAAUAUGAAGUUAUGCUUCCUUCAGAAUUUUUUUCAACUAAACAUGUUCACACGAGUUACAAUUCAGGAAAAAGUUUCCAUUGUCAUUCUUAGUUAUAUAGAGAGAUGGAAUUAAAUGAAAUGGUUUGCGUAAUUUAUUGAUGAAUGUUUGAGGACUUUAAAUAAAUAAAAAGAAUAUAUCAUUUUCAACUUGAAC